CAUGUCAUUAUUAACUACUGAAAAAAUAUUAAAUACAUUGCUGUUAAUUUCGGAAAUGUUAUAGUUAUUAGUUUAUAAAAAAGUUGUUUAAUAGUGUAAUACCACAGAUAAUAUAAUAUUACGUAACACUGUACUUCACAUAUCAUAAGAAAUUAAAAACUGGCAAUACUGAAAUUUUCACCAAGUUUCCAAAAUAGUGUGGUAAAUGUUCUGAAUUUCGAAAACAAUUUAUUAAAAUGUACAUAACUGUUUUCUAAAUGUUACGUUUAUUAGUUUUGACGACAGUGACGAGUGUACUAAAAGUUAGCUCUAGUACCAGUACCGCAGCAGCACCUAUUAUAACCAUGGCAUUGAAAGCUGCAGAUUUCGAAGUAUUUGGCCGGGUUCAGGGUGUUUUCUUUAGAAAGUACACAAAGGAGCAGGCUGAGAAAUUAGGAUUGCGAGGCUGGUGCAAGAAUACAGCGCAAGGAACAGUUCUAGGACAUAUGCAAGGACCAGCUGAUAAAGUGGAGACAAUGACACAUUGGUUGAAGACUACUGGUAGUCCAAGCAGCAAGAUUGAGAAAGCCGAGUUCAGAAACCAAAAGGACAUUACUGAGUAUACAUUUGAAAAUUUCAGUAUCCUAAAAGAUUAAUUAUAAGAAUCUCCCGCAUUUAUUCAAUCCAAAGCGAAUAGAGUACUUUAAAUAUACAUAUAUUUUGACUCUCAAUCGUAAAUUCUUACAAAUAAGGUAAGUGUUAGUUUAUUUGAUUGUUUUUUCUUUACUUCUUAACGACAGUAGCUAUGUAAUUUGGUUUACGGGUAAUAUUUGUAAUGAAAGACAUAGGCUACUUUUUCGGAUCGGUCACGCAGACUAUAAAAUAUAUAUAAAACAAACG